AUGGACGCUGCGAUUAUCUGCAGUAUCUUUGUUCUUCUCCCAGCCAAGGCCAUAGGCUACUGCUUCUUAGUGAAUCGUCAUCGCCUCAUAGGCCCAUUCACGGUAGCAUCUGCAUUCCUACAAUUGAUUUAUGUUGGGAGUAACAUCGUCAGCCUUGUAUAUGGGAUUAAUUCAGUGGUUGAAGCAGCUUCGCGAGCCGGUACUCUGGCUCUUAUUAACCUGGCUCCGCUGUAUUUUUCAACACACCUGAGCUUCCUUGCCGAUAUUUUUGGCGUAUCUUUAGCCACAUAUCGGCAACUUCAUCGCUCAUGCGGGCUAGUAGCUGUAGCCCACGUUAUAUUUCAUGGAGCAUUUGCCUUAGCACAUCGUUCCCACCUCACUAAAGAGGUGUCAAGUACUGACUGGUAUUCGCUAAUUGGAGCCAUUGCAAUGAUCCUCCUCGUACUCCUUUCAAUUUCCUUCUUCCGAAAGCGUUGGUACGAAAUCUUCCUCCGACUCCACCAGACACUCUCCAUAGCUGUAAUGGUCUUCGUAAUAAGACAUCUCAUAUCAGUUCCAGAUUUCCAGUGGAUACCCGUAUAUAUCUUCAUUGGAAUAUUCUUCUCCUUAGCAGCUUUUUACAUCAUGAUCUUGAUAUACCGUAAUACAAAGCUGGGAAAGAAUUUUGCACGUUUGCGAGCUACUGGAAAAGAUGGAAUAAUGACCGCCAUUAUUGAAAUGCCUCGGCCUUUGAUUAUCAAUCCAGGUCAGUAUCUCAAUAUAUGGGUUCCUUCUCUCUCUCUCUUCUCCAGCCAUCCUUUUACAGUCACAUCUUGGGCGCCCUUUCCACAGGAAAAGGUUGAGCUACUCAUUGAAGAACGAAGUGGUUUUACUGCAAAAUUAUUCCGCCAUUCAUGUAAGACCCAAAAUGGAUAUAGAGUAUUUUUCAGCGGACCUCAUGGUAGCUCAAUCCCUGAUUGGGAAUUCGAUUCCGUUCUCAUUUUUGCCACUGGGUUCGGAAUAGCUACAAUACUACCAUAUCUCAUCAAGCUAUGUCACGGUUAUAAAGAGCGGAAAGGUCGAAGUAAACGAAUUCACCUAGUCUGGAAAGUGUAUCUUGUGGGUGAGUGA